UAAUGACAGUGAUAUUUACCUUGUUACUUUCUCUUAUUUUCUUUUUCUUAAAAAGUGUGUUAACUGAUUGAAGGUAAACAAUUCAAUCAAUCAAUAACUAAUGGUUAUAAUCAUUAUUAUUGAUUGAUAUCAAAACAACCACAUCAACAAGGGGACUAUCAUCGUUUGCUCAGUCUGUUAUAUGGAUUGUGAUUUCCAUUCCAUAAUCGCAAUAUUGUUGUGUUUAUAAAUAUUUUUGUUGUUGAAAUACAUACAUUUAUCAUCAUUCAAAUCAAAUCAAAUGGGACAAACUUUGCGAAGCAUUUCGAAUAGUUUUAACAAUAGCAAUACAACAGGCAAAAAUGACAAUAAUCCUCAUAAUGAAUUAGAUAAACUUCCAGAUUUAGCAUCAUGGCCACCAGAACUAAGCUUAAAUGUAUUGAAAAAUUUGAAUGCAACCGAACUUUGUCUUGCUGCAUGUGUUUGGAAUGAAUUGGGACGUGAUGAUCUAUUAUGGCAAUCCUUAUGUCAUUCUGAAUGGCCAUAUACAUCUGUUUAUUUUCGCAAUGGAGAUAAAAGACCAUCAGAUUUUUCCUAUCAUAAAUUAUAUCUCACAUUGGAUGAAGCUACCGUCACGUUCAAUGCUGAUUGUCAUCUGGGAAUGAAUUAUUUUUUCAAAAAUAAUCUUAUCGAUGAUGAUGCUGGUGAAAUAGCCAAAUUGUUUUUCCGUGCAAAACCAUUGGAUCGUACCCAGAUUCGUCGUUACAUACAAUCCGAUCUCGAUGUCCUUGAUCAUCUAAUCAAAUUAUUUGAUUUUUCUGAACAAAAAUUGCCAGACGCAUUACGGCACUAUUUUUCAGUGUUGGAAGUACCAAGUCGAUAUGAUCAUUAUCUUCAUAAAAUUGUUGAAAAAUUUGCUUUACGUUAUGUUCAAUGUAAUCAAUCAUCAUCGUCGAAUCGAUCAAUACUGAUUCAUACUUCGGAAACGAUUUAUGUGCUUUGUUUCUCCCUGAUAAUGCUUUCGGCUGAUCUAUAUAAUCCACAGAUUAAGAAUAAAAUGUCUAAACGUGAAUUCAUACGAAAUGUUCGCCGUGCAUUACGUGUGCAGGACGAUGAAUUCUAUGGCCAUCUUUAUGAUGAUGUUUAUCUUCGUGGUCAUAUUGCACAUGGUGAAAAUUAUAAUCAUAAUUUACUACCAAAAUCAUCAUUCUCAUCAUUUGGCCAUCAUGCAUUUGGAUAUAAUCAUCAUCAACAACAACAGCAUCUCCAUCAUCAACCACAACCUCGUUUUCAUAUGAUUCAUUAGUGAUAACUUCAAUCAUUAUAAUUACUAUCUAGUCACAUGCAUUUUCAAUGUAAAACAACAA